AUGCUGCUAACCGAACCCAUCGUUGGCUUCAUUUGCCUCUACAUUGCUUGUGAAUUUGCGACACUCUUCUCGUUCUUCGCAGCCUUCCCAUUGAUCUUCCAGGGUAUCUAUCAUUUUAACAUCGAGGAGUCCGGCCUAGUCUUCUUGACCAUUGUGGUGGGAUGUCUGCUAGGAACGGUGACCGUCAUAUUAUGCAACAUCCUCUUCUACCUCCCCAAAGCUGCAAAGCAUCCAGACGGACAAGUACCACCUGAAUAUCGCCUCUAUCCAGCACUGAUAGGCAGUAUUGGACUACCGAUCGGUCUAUUCUGGUUUGCAUGGACUUCCAGAGCUGAUAUUUCCUGGGCAAGCCCCGUCGUUGCAAUCAUUGUUUUUGCAUGGGGAAAUCUAUGUGUCUUCGUCAGCACAACGCAAUAUCUCGUUGAUACUUAUCAUGGUCUCACUGUCGCAAGUGCCAUGAGCGCCAAUGGUUUGGCACGUUAUGGACUUGGGGCUGUGUUCCCUCUGUUUACCGUCCAAAUGUACACCAAGCUCGGUGCAGGGUGGGCAUCUAGCUUGCUAGGGUUUAUUGCGGUGGCACUUUUGCCCGUUCCGUGGGUCUUGUUCAAGAUUGGGAAGAGAUUGAGAGCUUUGAGUAAACAUGAAACCGCGGAGAAUAAAUACUAA